CGUUUAUUUCCUGCCACCCUCCCCGCCGCCAUACCUUUUUUGAGCAGAAAGGAGCUUGAUAGGUACUGGUUGUAGAACCGCCCAGCAGGAGGACAUACCUCUCUACCUACUAUGUACAUAGGUACCUACCUACCUUACAUCCCUACCUUGCCCAGGUACCUUAUUACCUCACAUCGAAUCAUCGUCCUCCUCCACCUCAUCUCGUCCUCACCUCUCCUUUCUUUGACACGCCUAUACCCUCUCCCACACAUCGAGCUUUCUUUCUCUCCUUCCUUCUCCUCUCCCCACUCUCACUCUGCUCCGUCUUCUCGCACGAUCCUCAAAGCUCACAAAACACCCCUUAGGCGAUCGAAAGAGAGGGGCCAGAAACGGCAAAAGAUAAAACAAAAAUCACAACCCCAACAAAAUCUCGGUCUGGCCGGUCUUGCCCGCGCGCAGUUCCAUUUUCGCCCCGACUUAGAGUUUGCCCUUGCCACUGCCCCGGUCGCAACCCCGACCCGACUGGUUAGUGUUAGGCCACACUACCAAAACCGACCGCCGUGUCUAGCCCCGCGGCAAGCUCCUCGCUACAACCCCGAGUUUUCGAUCCUCUUGUCAACGCUUACCAUUGAGCGAUCGACCUUUGCUACAUACAUCCCCGAUUCUGUGCAAUCGGUUUUCACGAUAGUUUGAUAACUAUCGAGUACUGCACUUUCCCCCGCUGACCGACUGUUGCCUCGGAACCACCACAUGCCGCCCACGCUAUAGGGUCAUUCCAAG